AUGUUCCUCUUAGUGAUCCAUCUCCUGCCUAAUGGGCAUUCAAGUCAAGCUAGUGACUUAAACCAAGCGCUUGGUGGAAGGCAACCCACUGGAAACGGGUCGACCCGCCCACAGAUCGACCCACCCAUCUGGUCGACCCGCUCGACCCGCCCGACCCGGCCAUUGUACACACCCACCCGCCCGCCGACCGCUGGGACCCACCAGGUAAGUGAUUUCAGGAACAGAGGUGAUUACUCACGCCGGCGUGAAGAUAUAGCGAGAGGGAAGAGACCCGUCGUAUCUGACGACGAUUUCGUGGAGGAAUUGACCAUGCAUGAUGCUCCUUUUCCUGAGACCCUGCGAGAUGACGAGCCCGAUGAUACACUGACGGAGAUCGAGAUUCUGCGUCUCCGCAGCCUCCUCGACAUGAGGUUUGGCGGGACGCGAUAUGCAGACAGAGACACGAUGCAGACGCUCCGCUUCGCCGAGGACGUCGACGAGAUGUUCACCAACGUAGGGAUCGGUCGACUCAUGUACCAGCAGCACAAGUCUUAUCGGAAGGCGACUUGCCUCUUACUCGCCGCAUUCACAGACCAUCCUUGCGACGCCGGCAAGUAUACACCUGACGGCAGCGACGGAUACAUUAGCUUUUGGGCUACGGGACGGAGGCACUACCUCUCAUACCGAGCCCGCCGAUCCGCUACUUCACAAGGCGAUCGCCAACACGCUCUUCUCGCGCCAGGCCACCGGGAACGUCACAGAGACGAGAUGGCCAUGAUCGACGUGGCACUCACAGGCAUCCCGGUUGAGACUGAUCAACGGGACCCAGCUCAGAGGCAGCAGAUCACACGGAGGCAUCACGCUCGCGCUUGUGAGCCAGCUCCGCUCUUACCAGGAUUGGGCGUCGAGGAACAGAGGCAUCCGGCACAAGUGCACAUUACGGAUGGGCGGCUUGGUCACACCUCUCCUACGCGCGUCGGUUUCACGCUGAUUGGGAGGAGGAGGUCGCACCACCCGAGGGGCUCGACUCGAGUACCUGAGGAACAGCGUCUUCCUGCAGAAGACGUCAGACGACAGACAGCUCCUCUACCAGUUUUCACGUUCAGCUCGGCGCUUCCCGCAUGUUGCUUCCCAGCCCCAGCUGGACCACGAUCAGAGGAGGGUCCAACGUCGAGUUCAACCCACCUCAGUCCGCUCUUUACACGGAGAUCGACCGUCCACGGACGAGCUCGACCAUCUCCACUUCGCGGGCUACACCACCACUGCCAGACAGAGCGCCGGACUGAAGGCGGCUCACCAGCACAUCAGCAUUCUUCAGCGGUGGAACAAGGCGCAGACAAGAUCACCAGCAAGCUCAAGAGCAAGGUGAAGAAGAUGGCCGAUCAGAUCCGUGCCAUGCAGGACAAGCUGAGUUGUGUUGCCUCAGCUUCAGGAGGUGUACAGAGGACCGCAGUCGGUCCACGCCAGGCGGACCUCUCCGAGGACGACGACGAGCCACACCACGACACCACUGGCGGUCGGCCACUACCCCCUGACCCGCCACGUCACUCUUCUUUCGAGCCGCGUCAGCAGCGCAAGAGGCGCCACGGAGAGCGACAGACUGCGAGACCAUCAGGCACACGAGCUGACGCCGACUUGCCAUUCAGGCGAUGCAGUCUGUCUCCAGACAGACGGCUCCGACGGAUCAUCACACUCCGCCGACGAGGCUCCACCGGACCAGUACGUGCCUACAGCACAGAGCGAGCUGCGCCUACCACCAUCCCUCCAUACACGCAGGAGAGCAUGCAGGAGGAUCUCGACGACUCAUUCACGGACGCCGCUGAUGCUCUUCUCACCUCCACUCGACCGAUCACCACCACUGUAUCAUUCCAUUUUCCCUUUUCUUUUUCUUUUAUUGAGUCUGUUUAA